AUGUCAAAUCAGACAAAAGUCACCGAUUUUUUCGCCACUCAGAAGCGGAGCGACAAUCAGUUGAGAUCUAUUGGCAAACACGUGAAGAGUGGCGUCGAUGUCGACACCAAUGAGUCCCAAACUGACGACCAAUCCGUCCUCAAGAAGACACCCAAACGCAAGAAGACUGUCACUAAUGAGAGACAAUCCGUGAAGACAUCCAAACGCAAGAAAACACCCAAAUGUGAGGUCAAGAUUGAAAUGGCGACCACUGGUGGCCAACACACCGCUCAACCCGUCGGUGACGCCAACGAGAAGACAAUGACCGCAUCGCAGGUGAAGCAGAAGCUCCUGAACUGCAAUAAUCUAUUGGAUCUGAAGAGACAAUUGUCGCGAAUCAAUGAUUGCGCGGCGAAAGUGAAACAAUUCAAAGAAAUGAAAGUCAAGACACCGACGAAGAAGUUGUUCCGAACGCCCACUAAAGCGGACAGAAGUCCGUCCAAACACUCACCGCAUCGGCCGCUCAUAUCGAUGGCCAGUCCUCUACAUCAUCCCAUUAAGUCUCCCGUAAGCGUCACUCCGAACAAAGACUCUAAGUCUGCGCUCACUUACCGGCGAAGACUAUUCGAUGUGUUUGAAGACAAGGAGUCGAGUCCGCAGAAGAAGACGGACAACAGUAUGGGUCGCGCUUUCGAGCGAUUCGGUUAUUUGGUGGACAAACCGGACAACAAUCAGUCGAGCGGUUCAUUGGUUUUGUCCCAGAAAUUCAAACUCUUAGCCGAUUUGUUUAAAUCGAUGGAUACUAUUGUUUCGAUGCAUUACAAGAGACAAGAAGUCUGUACUUUCGAUAAACUGAAAGAUUCGGUCGAAAGGAUGACCGGCAAGAAGUUUGACACUAAAAGAUUGGCUCAAAUCCAAACAGUCUUCAGCAAUGGGUUUAAAUUGAAAUACGAAAUGUUUUCCAGUAUUUUAGACAAUCGUAAACCCAGUUAUCAAUUGAUUAUAACUCCUGUCUAUAACACAGACGUUAGAAUGAAUUCAAUUCAUCUCUUAGAGAGGUAUCAGUUGUUUGUCGCGAAUUUGUUGGACAUCACGAAAGGACAUCACAGGAGAUAUUUGGAAGGCGUGGGCAUUCAUGUUGAGGACAAGGAGUUGGUCCGAUGGCACCCGAAGUUUAGGUUGGAUUCAGUGCCAGAUAUCGUCCCAAACGUGAAUGCAUUGCCUGUCGAACCAAAACUGGGAGAGAAGACGGCGGAAGUGUUCUUAGAGAACACGAAACAGCGGUUAGGCAUCACAUCGACGACUGCCACCGCAGAUGACAAUAAAGAUAAUGACAUUGACUCUAAUAAUGACAAUAAAACGACGGCUUCUAAUCAGAAGAUAACCAAAGGAUUACUUAAGGGAAUUUCAAUGGAUUUGUUAAACAAAAUCCGAGCGAAAGAAGCGGCAAAUUUGGUUCAAGAGAUGACUCGAAAGCCCGAAGUGGAGACAGAGCUUAGGAUUCUUCGGUCUUUACCCGAAUUUAUUCGAAUUAUUCACACGUUUUUCAUCGGCACUAAGAAGUUAGCCGUCCCUUACGAACAACUCGUCAAUAAACUGAUCAGUAGUUUCAAUACGAGUCUAUCCAUACCGAGAGCCAGAGAGCACGUGGACUACUUGUUCCGCUUUAUGCCCGACUGGAUCUUCUUAUUGGAUGUGAAGAAAGGCAGUUAUGUUAAGAUCAAUAAAGACAUGACUGUCUCCGCACUCGAACACAGAAUCAAACAAAGGAUCAAUCAUCUGAAGAACUAAUUUACUUACAAAUUGCAUUUUU